AUGGAGGACUUGGACGUGGACGUGGACGUGGAUGUGGACGUAGACGUGGACGUGGACGUGGUCGUGGAUAUGGAGGACUUGGACGUGGACGUGGACGGGGACAUGGACGUGGACGUGGUCGUGGACGUGGAUGUGGAGGACGUGGACGUCGACGUGGAUGACUUGGACGUGGACGUGGAGGACAUGGACGUGGACGUGGUCGUGGACGUGGUCAUGGACGUGGACCUCGACGUGGACGUGGACGUGGUGGAGGACGUGGACGUGGACGUGGACGUGGACGCGGACGUGGUCGUGGACGUGGACGCGGACGUGGACCUGGACUUGGACUUGGACGUGGACGUGGACGUGGUCGUGGACGUGGAUGUGGUCGUGGACGUGGACGUGGAGGACGUGGACGUGGAGGACGUGGACGUGGAGGUGGACGUGGUCGUGGACGUGGUUGUGGACGUGGACGUGGAUGUUGACGUUGACGUGGACGUGGUCGUGGAUGUGGAGGACUUGGACUUGGACGUGGAGGACUUGGACAUGGACGUGGAGGACAUGGACGUGGACGUGGUCGUGGACGUGGUCAUGGACGUGGACCUGGACGUGGACAUGGACGUGGACGUGGACGUGGUGGAGGACGUGGACGUGGACGUGGACGUGGACGUGGACGUGGACAUGGACAUGGACGUGGACGUGGACGUGGACCUGGACGUGGACGUGGACGUGGACGUGGACAUGGACGUGGACGUGGUCGUGGACGUGGUCGUGGACGUGGACGUGGACGUGGUCGUGGAGGACGUGGACGUGGUCGUGGAGGACAUGGACGUGGACGUGGAGGACGUGGACGUGGUCGUGGAGGACGUGGACGUGGACGUGGACGUGGAGGACGUGGACGUGGACGUGGACGUGGAUGUCGACCUGGACGUGGACGUGGACGUGGACAUGGACGUGGUCGUGGACGUGGUCGUGGACGUGGACGUGGUCGUGGACGUGGACGUGGACGUGGUCGUGGACGUGGACGUGGACGUGGACGUGGAUGUUGAACUCGCUAGGCCAUUGCGAGCCCAAGCCAAUAGGAUGGAAGUAGGCGAGGGGAGCGGAGCACAAGGGCGGGCAGCAGAAGCGUGGGCAGCGGGGCAGCAGCGCCGGCCUCAUCAACGGUUGAGGUUGCAGUAUCGCCCCUGCCACCACUCUCCACUCGAGCCCACUCCCCCUCAGGUUCAGGCCUUCACAAGCCAGGGGGACGGCAGCAGGCGAGCAGCAGGCGAGGGGAGCAUAGCAGGCGAGGGGAGGGCAGCAGGCGAGGGGGGCACCAGGGCGGGCAGCAGGAGGGCGGGCAGCAAGGCAGCACCGCUAAGCCUCAUCAAUGGUCCUUCCCUUCAACCCUCCUCGCUGGCUCGCACCUCCUCUGCUCGCCCCUGCCCCCUCUCCUUCACCGCACCCCCCACGCCACCACCACCACUGCUCCAACUCUCAGCUAAGUGGGGGGAGGGGUGUGGGGUCAGCACCGCCAUUCCCUCACGCCUCUCCCCGGUGGCCGUGCAGGGAGGGACGCACACGGGAAGGCUGGGAGGAGGGCUGCCGGGGAAGGAGUCACCUGGUGCUGCUGUAGUGCCCUCUGCUCGCUCUCACGCCUUACAGCUAAGUGCAGGUGUGCAAGUACCCCCUCAGGUGCAGCCCUUGGGUCUGCAGUUUGUGACUUGGCCUCCACCAGUGGCCCCUCCCCUCUCCCGCCUUGCAAAUGUCGUUCCCUCUCUUGCACUUUCACCAUUCAUCCCCUUGCUGCCCACUGACCAGCUCUGCGUGUGUGCCUUGCAGGUGGAGGGGAGGGGUGGGGGUCAACACCGACGCUUCCCCACGCCCCUCCCCUGUGGCCGUGCAGGUACCCGUGGGGAUAGGAGGGAGGCAGCUCUGCCAAUCCCUGCCACAAGGGAGAGUAUCGGGGUGGGCUUGGCCUCUCAAGCUAACACCGUUGGCAGUUCGCAAAAUUUUCUAACCGAGGCACGGGAGUAUCUCCCCGACGUUGACCAUGCCGUCUUCAAGCACUUCCGCAUCAUCAAGGGGGUCGAGGGAAAAGCUCAGCAGUACGAGUGCAAGUUCUGCAGCAACGUCUACACUGGUGCUGCCAUCCGAUGCGCGCAACAAUUCACGUCGUGGAAGGGGAUGAAACGCCGUGAAGUGGUGCUUUGCAAGGAUGUGCCGCAAGAUGUGCGCUUGGCCAUGCGUGCGAAAUACGAGGCAAAGGCUGUUGCGGCCGAAGAGAAGAGGCGGGCAGCAGCUGAAGUGGUUGCCGCGGUCAAGGCUAAUGGUGUGAAGCGUGCGCGCAUCACCGAUUACCUUGAGGGGGAUGCGGCUGCAAGAAAGAGAGAAACGGACGAGGCACUUGCGCUUGCUUGGGCCGCCCUCCAUGUCCCCGAGCGCCACAUUGACCAUCCUCUGAUGGUCAAUGCAUUGAACCUCGUCAAGUGCACCGGCGUCGACUACGUCCCUCCCAAGAGGAAAUACAUCGGCGGUGCUGGCCUUCUCUCGUGUCGCAACGGAAUCGAGCAGGGUCUGGUGGGCAUUAAGGCGAGCUGGAAGAGGACGGGCGUGACGGUUUCGUCUGACAUGAUGACGGACCGCAACGGCAGGUCGCAGGCCAACGUGCUUCUCGUAAACGAUUCCGGCGCCGUCUUCACCGACUGUAUUGACUGCAACAUGGAGAGGAAAACCGGAGGUUACGUGGCGGGGAUUCUUAGGCCCGUGGUGGAGGAAGUGGGUCCAGAAAACGUUGUUGCAUUCUGCAUGGACGGGGGGUCGAACUAUGCGGUGGCGGUGAAGCAGCUCUUACAGGAGUGGCCGCACAUUCAGGAUGUGCCGUGCGCCACUCACGUAUUGGAUCUUCUCAUGGAAGAUGUCGGGAAGAUGGGAUGGGCUAAGCCGGUGGUCGACAAGGGAGGGGAGAUAUCUAGCCUCGUCCGCAACCACCACUUGACCCGAGGGUACCUGUGGAAGCCGGAAUUGGUGGAGGGGAAGGUUCUGCAGGCGCUGAAGCCGGCUGGAACCCGAUUCGGGACCAACUACAUAGCCAUAUCCCGGCUAUGUGCGAUGCACGGCAGCCUUACCAACAUGGUGACGAGCGAGGGUUGGAAGGAGUGGGCGGUAGGGGACCGGAAGAAAUCGUGUGACGGGUUCAGUGCGCUGAUCCAUGAUGCCGCUUGGUGGAAGACGGCCGAGUUCUUCGUCGCACUGCUAAAGGUGCCCUUUAAGGUGAUGAGGCAGACGGACGGGCAUGCCGUGGGGAUGAUGGGGAGGCUGUACGAUUUGAUGCUGCAGUUGACUGGGGACGUGGGGGGCUUGCUCGAUGCGCACGAGGAGCAGCUGAGCGACGGGGACAAGGACAAGAUCCGCCGCAUCCUCAAAGACCGCUGGGAUGACAGCCUCGCAUGCGCCAUGCAUGCCGCUGGCCGCAUCCUCAACCCCGCGAAUCAUAAGGAAGAUAUUUUCUGCACUGAUCCCGAGUGCACGAAAGUCUUCAAGGCGUUCAUCAGCCAGCAGGCCGAGUUCCUUGCGAGCCGCGGGGAUGGGGGGGAUGACGCGUGCGACAUCUUGCUUGAGCUGGGGGACGGGCUGAGGGCGUUCCUUGAGAUGAAGGGUUCUUUUGGGAUGCCGGAAGCCGUGGCACAGAGGAAGCUGGUGAAAGAGGGAAAGUAUAGCAUGGUGAAGUGGUGGCAGUGGAAUGGGACUGAUGCCCCUUGA